AUGGCCAGUCGUCGCCCUCACUCCCAAUCUCCAGCAGAUGCUGUACCCCCAUCAGUAUCCGAGAAACCGUCGGAUUCUGACGUUACGCCUGCAGUCCCCACUCAUGUGAUCUUCAAACUGCUCGGGUUCACGGCAGCUAUGAUCUCCGCCCCCAUCGGCAUGUAUUUCAUAUCAGUAUCUUUUGGUUCGAGCGCAACCAUUGCGGGCGUCUUUGCAGCCAUUACCGCAAAUAUAGUCCUCUUCGCCUACAUCUUCGUCGCGUGGCAGGAGGAUCAAGAAGAGCGGGAAGCCUUGGCAAAGAAGAAGGAAAAGAAGGCCCAGUAG